GCCUCACCCCAUCCCCCGGUUUAGGCGUCCCCUGAUCGGACUGGGCCUGGUUCCCUAGAGUUGGAGGCCAGGCCGGGAGUAGGACAGAGUCCGGCCGGGCUGCCGCUGUCUUCGGUCGGUUUCUGGAGCCUGCAGUGGGCCGCCGUGCUUCCGCUUCUCUGUGCGCGGGUUCCGUGUGUGUGUGUGUUUUUUUUUUUCUCCCGGACACUUUGGGAUAAAAUCUGGAUUAACCAUCGCCCCGGCACCGGGAGCUGGAUGUGUAUUUUGCCCCGCAGAAGUCACCUGGAGUCCGGGAGGAGAAACGGGGCCGAUGGCGCAACGGUUUGAGGACCUGGCUCACUACUACGGGCCGGACGGCCCAGCUGGAGUCUAUGGAGACCCUCCACACCACCACCACCACCACCUCCACCACCACCAGCCUGGCCUCUACCCUCUGCACCAGUACGCCCAGUCCGCCGCCUCGGCCGGGGAUGGCGUCAAGAGAGACAAAGACGCCAUUUAUGGACAUCCAUUGUUCCCUCUGCUGGUGCUGAUUUUUGAGAAAUGUGAACUGGCGACCUGCACACCGAGGGAGAGCGGGGAGGCCGGAGGAGACGUCUGCUCCUCGGACUCAUUCAGCGAGGACAUCGGCGUCUUCUCCAAACAGAUCCGAUCGGAGAAGACUUUAUUUUCAUCAAACCCAGACAUGGAUAACUUGAUGAUUCAAGCAAUACAGGUGCUGCGUUUCCACCUGCUGGAGCUGGAGAAGGUUCACGAACUCUGUGAUAAUUUCUGCCAUCGGUACAUUGGCUGUCUGAAAGGCAAAAUGCCACUCGAUCUGGUUAUAGACGACAAAGACGAAAGCAGGUCGGACAGCGAGGAGUUUGGGAGGCUGUCUGAGAACAAUGUGGACCAGGUUUCGUGGAGCAGAGAUCAAGAUGACUCGGCGUCCAUCAGGUCGGCCGGGACGCCAGGACCCUCCAGCGGAGGACACACGUCUCACAGUGGAGAUAAUAGCAGUGAACAAGGUGAUUGUCUGGAUAACGACGCAAGGUCUCCAAGCACUGGCGACGACGACGACCCUGAAAGAGACAAACUAGCCAACAAGAAGAGAGGCAUCUUCCCCAAAGUGGCCACCAACAUCCUGAGAGCCUGGCUGUUCCAGCACCUAACACACCCGUACCCAUCGGAGGAUCAGAAGAAGCAUCUGGCUCAGGACACGGGCCUCACCAUCCUGCAGGUCAACAACUGGUUCAUCAAUGCGAGGCGGCGAAUUGUUCAGCCAAUGAUUGACCAGUCCAACAGAGCAGGGAGCCAGGCGGGACCGUACGGCCCAGAUGGUCAACCAAUGGGAGGCUUCGUCAUGGAUGAACAGACACACAUGGGAAUCAGACCAACGGGUCCGCUGGGUGGUGUUGGGGUGGGGAUGGAUGGACAGUGGCACUACUUGUAGCACCACCACCGCCUCCACCCUGAAGCUAGAAGAGCUGCCCAGAUUCCCAAGAAAAUACAUUGUAGUGUUUCCUGGUGUUUUCUCUGCAGACCUCUCUGGUUGAUGUGGAGCAGGUCCACCCGUCCCCUCCAUUCAAGUCUUUUUCCUCAUCUGCUGAGGAAAUCCGCGAGGAAAACGUCUCACUCCGCAGAAACUAGGAGACGAAAAGAAGGCAAGGACUUGGAGAACCUGGAGGACAACACAGCAGCCAAGAUUUGACCGACUCAGACUGACGUUAAGCAGCAUCAAGACCAGAUCAGAUAUGACUCUCCUCCUCGUGGUUCAUGAGUGAUUUCUUAACAGCUGCUUUCAGAUGUUCACAGUUAGUUCUGGAGAAAAUAUGAAGUUGUGUUAAUGACGUUGUUCUACUGCCAUUGAGGUGCCUUCAGGUCCACGUUUGACAAUGUUUGAUAGAAUUGUGAUGUUUUAUUCCUCAAAGUAGAGAUGUAAUUUGUUCAAAUAAACCAACAUCCUGUUUGUUAAGACUCAAAGUCAAAGUGAAAAGUGCUGUCUAGUGGUUGUACUAUUCAUGAUGAGAUCAAAACAGGAGGUCAGGAGACAACUUAAUAAAUUGUAAAUAAUGAAGCCAUUAAUAAUAUUAAAUCUUUAAACUGUG